AAACGGAGGUGGAAGGACAGGUGACACACACCACAGGAAACUGUCUUCUUCCUGGAGAGAAACAAAGUGACUGCAACAAUGGCUAAAUUCUUCACACCAGUUCAAAUCAAUGAAUACAAGGAGUGCUUCUCUCUGUAUGACAAGAAGCAAAAGGGCAAGAUUGCUGCCAACAAUCUGAUCACAGUAAUGCGCUGCCUGGGAACAAGCCCCACGUUUGGGGAAAUUGAGAGACAUCUACAAGUUCACAAAAUCGAAAAGACAGGCGAGCUGGACUUCUCCACAUUUCUGACGAUGAUGCACAGACAGAUGCAACAGGAAGACCCCAAGGCAGAAAUCCUGGAGGCACUGAGGAUGACAGACAAACAGAAGAAAGGCUACAUCCAGGCGUCUGAGCUGCGGGCCAAGCUCACCAAGUUGGGGGAGAAACUCACAGACAAAGAAGUGGAUGAACUCUUCAAAGAGGCAAACGUCAAGUCAAACGGGACCAUCAACUAUGAGGAGUUCACCCAGAUGGUGACGCUGCCGCCUGUCGAUUACUGAUUUCUCAGCCUCAACAGGGAAUUGACUUUACAUACACUGAACUGGAUGGUUGGAGUCUGCAGAAGCGACGUACUGGUUAUUCUGUACUGGCAGACUAUUAAGACUAAUUGUUCUUCUUAGUCAUUAGAGAAUAAUCAUGGGGGGAAAUGAAUU